CCAAACCUUUAGUCCAGCAGCAGCUGCGUGUUGUUGUUAUCAGGACUUUAACUGGAGAUGAAGAUGUUGCUGCCACUCCUGCUCCUCGUACUCGUUUCCCAGCAUGCCCUGGCUCCAUUGGUGGAGGUGUAUGAGGGGGAAAUAUCUGUCCUGUUGGCUUGCGAGUACUCAGGUUUUAUACCUGAGGAAAAUCCCACAGUGCUGUGGACUCGCAAUGAUCUCAACCCCAAAUCUGUCCACCUACGAUGAGAGGAAACAGAUGAUCUGAAAGGGCAAAACCAGCAUUACAGAGGGCGCACAUCAAUGAGGCCGGAUGCUCUGGACACUUUAGACUUCAGCCUCACUCUGAGAAACCCCCGACUGACUGAUAGCGGUAACUACACCUGCUCCAUUGGAAAUGAGAGAGAGGAAUGGAAACUGACAGACAUACAGCUGCAUGUCAAAGACCAACAGGUGGAGAUGGAGGUCGUUGAAGGAUCAGAGUCUGUCAUCCUGCCCUGCAACACAACACCUGACCUGCCUGAGGACACCAGAGUGGAGUGGACGAGAUUUGACCAAGAAAUCAUGAUGGUCCAUGAGUAUUCAAAUGGAACUGACCAACUUAAGCACCAGGACGACCUUUACUGUGGUCGCACAAAGAUGAAUGAAGACCUGCUGAGAACCGGAGACCUCAGUCUGACCCUGAAAUACCCCACAGAGAGAGACAGUGGAGGAUACAUCUGCACCAUCGACAGGGACAAAGACAUCCUGAGACAGAAAGUAGUGCUGCAGGUCAAAGGUCAGACAUGUAGAUAAAAACCAGGAUACAGUGCAGGACAGAGGUCAGUACAGUGCAGGACUGAGGUCAGAGUUCAAAGGUCAUGUUGUUUUUGUAAUUUUCCACAGGAAAAAAAACAAAAACAUAUUUAGUAUACACAUCCAGUAAUGCAUACACUCUUAUGUUGUACAUAUAUUUAUUACACUCAGAUUUAGCCAUUCUUAUAUUUUGCUUGUUUUACGUUAUUGUAUUUUUGCACAACUCUGUUGCUUGUGAAGCUCGCACACAAGAAUUUCACUCGCAUGUACUGUACCAGUGUACCUGCACAUGUGACGUGACAAUAAAAGUGAUUUGAUUUGAUUUGAUUCAGGGGCGAUUCUAGGAUCAGAGCAUUGGGGGUGCUGAGCACCCAGAGAGCUGCCCAUCCAGGCAAGCCAGGUGCUGGAGUCUGCUUUGACCCAUGGUCCUUCUCAGCCAGUCACCCAGGUGGAGGUGGAUUCAGGGGUGGAGUCUGUCCAGCUGAUCUGCAAAACCUCAGUUUGCCUGCCUAAAGAUGCUAAAGUGGAGUGGAAGGACACAAACAACAGGAAGGUCCACGUGUAUGAGAACAGCUCUGACCAGCCUGAAGAACAGGACGAUAAAUACAAGAACCGAACAAAGAUGAAGAGAAACUUACUGGAACCUGGAGACCUCAGUCUGACCCUGAAACACCCCACAGAUGGAGACAACUCCACCUACACCUGCACUGUCUACAGCAGGGAGGGAAACAUCCUGCUGAAGAGAAAGGUGGAGCUGAAAGUCAGAGUCCCCCGGGUGGAGGUGGAUUCAGGGGUGGAGUCUGUCCAGCUGCCCUUCAACACCACACUUCACCUGCCUGAAGACGCUAAAGUGGAGUGGAUGGAUAACAAUUCAAAUUUCCACGUGUAUGAGAACGGCUCUGACCAGCCUAAACAACAGCACCAGGUUUUCAGAUACCGAACGAAGAUGAAUGAAGACCUGCUGAAAACUGGAGACCUCAGUCUGACCCUGAAAUACCCCACAGACUGGGACAACUGGAUCUACACCUGCACCUGCAGCAGGAAGGGAGACAUCCUGCUGAAGAAACAAGUGGAGCUGAAAGUCAGAGUCCCCCAGGUGGAGGUGGAUUCAGGGGUGGAGUCUGUCCAGCUGCCCCUCAAAACCACACUUCACCUGCCUGAAGACGCUAAAGUGGAGUGGAUGGACAACAACAGCAGGGUCCACGUGUAUGAGAACGGCUCUGACCAGCCUGAAGAACAGCACCAGGUUUUCAAAGACCGAACGAAGAUGAAUGAAGACCUGCUGAAAACUGGAGACCUCAGUCUGACCCUGAAACACCCCACAGAUGGAGACAACUCCACCUACACCUGCACCGUCUACAGCAGGGAGGGAAACAUCCUGAUGAUAAAACAAGUGGAGCUGAAAGUCAGAGUCCCCAAGGUGGAGGUGGAUUCAGGGGUGGAGUCUGUCCAGCUGAUCUGCAAAACCACACUUCACCUGCCUGACGACGCUAAAGUGGAGUGGAAGGAUAAAUAUGGGAAAUACCACAUGUAUGAGAACGGCCUUGAAGAACGGCACCUGUUUUACAGAAACCGAACGACGAUGAAUGAAGACCUGCUGAGAACUGGAGACCUCAGUCUGACCCUGAAACACCCCACAGAUGGAGACAACUCCACCUACACCUGCACCGUCUACAGCAGGGAGGGAAACAUCCUGCUGAAGAAACAAGUGGAGCUGAAAGUCAGAGUCCCCAAGGUGGAGGUGGAUUCAGGGGUGGAGUCUGUCCUGCUGCCCUUCAAAACCACACUUCACCUGCCUGAAGACACUAAAGUGGAGUGGAAAGACGGUCACAGAGACAACAGGAAGGUCCACGUGUAUAAGAACGGCUGUGACCAGCUUGAAGAACAGCACCAGGUUUACAGAGACCGAACGAAGAUGAAUGAAGACCUGCUGAGAACUGGAGACCUCAGUCUGACCCUGACAUACCCCACAGAUGAUGACAACAGGACCUACACCUGCACCGUCUACAGUGGGAAGGGAAAAAUCCUGCUGAUGAGAAGGGUGGAGCUGAAAGUCAGAGUCCCCCAGGUGGAGGUGGAUUCAGAGGUGGAGUCUGUCCAGCUGCCCUGCAAAACCACACUUCACCUGCCUGAAGACGGCAAAGUGGAGUGGAUGGACAAUUACGACAGAAAGCUCCACGUGUCUAAGAACGGCUCUGACCAGCCUGAAGAACAGCACCAGGUUUACAAAGACCGAACGAAGAUGAAUGAAGACCUGCUGAAAACUGGAGACCUCAGUCUGACCCUGAAAUACCCCACAGAUGGAGACAACCACACCUACACCUGCACUGUCUACAGCAGGGAGGGAAACAUCCUGCUGAAGAAACAAGAGGAGCUGAAACUCAGAGUCCCCCAGGUGGAGGUGGAGGUGGAUUCAGGGGUGGAGUUUGUCGAGCUGCCCUUCAAAACCACACUUCACCUGCCUGAAGAUGCUAAAGUGGAGUGGAAGAUGGGUUCAUACACAACAGUCCAUGUGUAUGAGAACGGCUCUGACCAGCCUGAAGAACAGCACCAGGAUUACAGAGACCGAACGAAGAGGAAUAAAGACCUGCUGAAAACUGGAGACCUCAGUCUGACCCUGAAAUACCCCACAGAUGGAGACAGCUCCACCUACAACUGCACCGUCAGCAGCAGGGAGGGAAACAUCCUGAUGAAGAAACACGUGAAGCUCACUGUCAGAGUCCCCUAUAUAGAGGUGGAUUCAGGGGUGGAGUCUGUCCAGCUGCCCUUCAUCACCACACUUCACCUGCCUGAAGACGCUAAAGUGGAGUGGAAGGACAAUUACGACAGGAAGGUCCACGUGUAUGAGAACGGCUCUGACCAGCCUGAAGAACAGCACCAGGUUUACAGAAGACGAACGAAGAUGAAUGAAGACCUGCUGAAAACUGGAGACCUCAGUCUGACCCUGAAACACCCCACAGACAGAGACCCUAGGACCUACACCUGCACCGUCUACAGCAGGGAGGGAAACACCCUGCUGAUGAGAAGGGUGGUGCUGUAUGUCAGUAGGUCAGUGCUGUAGAUAUAGGUCAAAGGUCAGAGGUCAUGUAGGAGUUUAUUCUCUAAAAGCUUUUAGUUUGAAUCUAUUUUCAGUUCAUUCAAAUAAAAUAAAUUCUUUGAUGUUUUGAUCUAAAAGCCAAAAAUGUCAGGCGGAGCAACUGUGUGUUUAAAUGAACAGACUAAGAAGACCAUUAAAAAUGAUCCUAACUUCAAAAUAAAUAGUUGUUAACAAUAGUUUUGUUAGUUUAGUCCAAAUCAAUGUAAAUGUAUAAAUAUCAAUAGUUUUAAAGCUGCUGAGAUCAUUCAAACACUUUGAUCCAGUUAUUUGGAUGUUGUCAAAUGUCAGGGUGGAGCAGCCAUAAAUAUGAGGCUUUUAUUGUGAAAAUGAUGAGUGUGAUGAUCCAGAGGAGACCAUGGGGUGUUUGUGGCUGGAUGCAAAGGUUUGUAGCUCUCCUUGUAAAGAGAAACAGCUUGAAGCUACAGAGGAGCGUCUGCAGAAGAAGACAGGGGAAAGAGGAAGAAGCUGAGGCCGCUGGAGAAAAGACAGGAAAAGAAAAUCAGCUUUAUUUGUUGGAGGCCGUUUGUUCAUCACACUGAAAUAUUCCCACUUUAGAGACAUGAAACAAAGUGAAGUGUGGAUUGAUGUUUGUCUCAAUGAUUUGGGCCCUGGAAUCAUUUCUUCAUCUCCCACUUUAAGACAUAUUAAUGUCAGCCUCACAUGUCCCACAGUGGACAGAUUUCUAUUUCUAGAUGAUAUUUGGAGGAUUUCCAUGUGUUUCUCUGCUGUCACAGCUCUUUGUGAUAUUUGAGCGCAGCUGUAAUGUUUGUGUGGUUAAAGCCACCAGACUCCACUGACAAAAACUUUCAUUUUAGCCGGAGAACACGGGGCUGCUGUGGGACUUUGUGUUUGCAAAGAUUUCUAUUGGAGGCAUUUUUGCCUUUAUUAUAUAGGUGCAGAGAGUAGACAGGAAAGUGGGGAGAGAGUGAGGGACACACAGGCACCUGUAGUAAGCCCCGCCUUCAGUCCACCUGCUCAGCCAGGUGAGCUAUAGCGCUGCUUUAACAUGUUAGUGUAGAGUGAAUGAAAGUGAGUGAUGGAGGCAGCAGGAAACUAACAGGCUGUUUGUUCUGAGAGGUCACAUGACUGUUUUUCUCAGCAGAGUCUGAUGGAUUUGAUGAGACCAUGAGAGCGGCUUCAGUUCCUCAUCAGAAAGAGUCUGACAGAAGCUCCUCCCUCUAUACCCCAGUAGACUUCUAUUAGACUGCUCCAGAUUGCUCAGGGACUUAGUCAGUUCUCACACUCCAGUUUAUUCUGACCGGGACUCCAUUUCCCAGCUUUUCAACUAAAAGCAACACUUUCCAGUUCAGUGGAGUCCAGUGGGUGGUGCCGCCUCCACUUCUGCCUACUGACUCCUCAGCCUGUCUAUUGUACUGAAGUGCCACUCAGCUUUGUUCCAUAUUUGGGUCAACACCGUGAAGUGUCCUUUAGUGAGUUUAAAGUAAAAACAAAAACAUGAACUGCAGGUUCCUGACACGUGGACUGUGAGCACAGAAACACACGGUCAUACAUACAACUAUAGCAAGCUUGCAGUAAUUUUAAAUUGACGUGUUAUUCUAAUGUCUGUCUCUCUGUAAAUCCUGUAACAGACUGGUCACCUGUCCAGGUGUGCUUUACCUAUGACUACAGGCUCUAGCCCCCCACCCUCCCCCAUGACCCUGAACUGAAUAUGCAGAAGAAAAUGGAUAGACCUAGAAAUCUGAGCUGUUGGUGGGUCCUUGCAGUUUGGUUACAAUAUUAUAAAAGUAAUUACCAGGAAACUAUUUUAAAGCAACUAUUGUGUUACUUUAAAAAUGUUUAAAUAUUUGUUUAAAAAAAAAUUCUAGUUAACCCUCACAUUUAGAUUUAGGUGGUUAGAACUUCACUGUAUGAUUUUGUAUAACCUUUUCAUAUUUAGAUGAAGUAUGUGUCAAGUAUGAAUUCUAAAAAAAAGAAAAAAAAACUGUUUAUCUAGGCGUAACGAUGUUUCACUAUGUUAUCUGUUAACUGUUGUGCUCAGAAGGAUGAAACUUGGGGCCAGCGCCAGGAGGUUCCUGGGAAAAGAUAGUGGGAGUUGCUCUCUGCCAAGCCACACCCUGUGGGACAGAAACCUGUUGUAACUAAAAGAUACAGAGAGUUGUGUGUGGGAGGUAUAAAAGAGUGGCUGAGAUGUCCAAAGGGCAGAGCUGGCAUGACUGUCAACUGUGAUGUUUGAUGUGUGUUGGCUCUCCUGCAUGCAUGCAGUAAUAAAAUAGC